UAGGACACUUACCCACAAAUCCCUUGAAGCCAUAUUCUCAACGCUUCUUGGUACUUUCAUUCAUUUUGUUUCCAUUCUUUUUCUCACAAAACAUCAACAUGUCUCCACAAAUCCCUGUUCUCUCCUUCUUCCUCCUCACACUCUCAUUUGGCUUUUGUUUUGCCUCUCAUAUUCAUCACAACUCUCUCAAUGCUCCAAAACAUGAACACUUUGGCCUCAUGAGAAGAUCUUACAGAACCAGCAAGUCUCCCUCAAGGUCCUCUCAAGCAACACUCAGUGUUGAUGACUACGGAGCCAAAGCCAGCGGAAACGAUGACUCUGAGGCCUUCAAGAAGGCUUGGAAUGAGGCUUGUUCUUCCGGGUCUGUUCUUGUUGUCCCUGAGGACAAGAUCUACCAUCUCAAGCCUGUAAAGUUUUCAGGUCCAUGCCAGCCAAACACUGCUUUAAUGGUGUAUGGAACUAUCAUGGCGUGGUCUGACAUGUCUGCGUAUGAAGAAGAUCGAAGGUUUUGGAUUCAGUUUGUAGGAAUAAAAAACUUCAAAGUUGAUGGUGCAGGCAAAGGCACUAUUGAUGGCAAUGGCAAGAUUUGGUGGCAGCAUUCCUGCAAAAUCAACUCAAACCUCCCAUGCAAGGAGGCACCAACUGCUGUAACAUUCAGCCAAUGCAACAACUUGAUCGUGCAAAACCUCAAGUUCCAAAAUCCCCAGCAAAUGCAUAUGAAUUUUGAUCAAAGCUUGAAUGUUCAAGUUUCAAGCCUGAUAGUGAAAGCCCCAGGAAACAGCCCCAACACUGAUGGGAUUCAUGUGACAGCAACACAGAAUAUUUUCAUAAGCAACAGCAUCAUAGGAACAGGUGAUGACUGCAUUUCAAUAGUAAGCGGGUCUAGCAAUGUUAAAGCUACAGACAUAACCUGUGGACCAGGACAUGGAAUCAGUAUUGGGAGUUUAGGAGCUGGUGAUGCAGAAGCAGAAGUGUCAAAUGUGAUAGUGAACAAAGCAACAUUGAUAGGAACGAUGAAUGGUGUGAGAAUUAAGACUUGGCAGGGGGGUUCUGGAUAUGCAAGAGACAUCAAGUUUAUGAAUAUAGAAAUGAGAAAUGUGAGCAACCCCAUCAUCAUUGAUCAAAAUUACUGUGAUCAACAAAAACCAUGCCAUCAAGAGGGAUCAGCAGUGCAACUGAGUGAUGUGCUGUAUCAGAACAUAAGAGGAACAAGUGCAUCAGAAGUGGCCAUAAAAUUUGACUGCAGCGAAACGAAGCCUUGCAGAGACAUAAACGUUGAAGACGUGUUCUUGAAAACUCAAGGACAUGGUGAAGCUGUAGCCACUUGUGACAACGUUAGAUUUGUCAACCGAGGAAACCUCGUCCCUCAGUGUUCUUAGCUUAAACAACAAGAAGAUUCUGCGACGUCCUUAGCUUUCAUCAUCAAUAUAUUCACUUAUGGUUGUUAGUUUAUCAUCAUUGGGUUUUGUUUUGUGCAUGUGAAUAUCAAUUAUCAGUUCUAAGAAAGCGAAGAGAGAUAGAGAUAGAAGAAAAGUAAAAGCUAGACUUGGAUGUUCCAUCAAAGGUGUAGUAGUAGUGUUUGAUACUAUUGGUGCUUGUUCCAGAAGCCAAUGAUGAUUCUACAUAGAUAUAUAUAUAUAUAUAUAUAUAUAGUAGCAAGUUUGAUUAUGAAAGGAAUCAACUUUGCUGCUCUUC